AUGGUUCAUACUAAACUUGAGCUCGGUCUACAGAGUCGCCUGGGGGAGCUGGACAUGACGCUCCAAAUCCUGGAUGGAAUGUCUAACCUCAAUAUCGACGAGAUGUUGCGCACGAUACGAAGUCACGACGAUGUACCUGCCUACUCACACAAAAGCCCGGAAGAGAUAGUCACCGACUAUUUACAAAAGUUACUGUACCUACGGUAUGUUGGAUACUUGUGGAAAGACCACUGUUUCUGGAAAGCUAAAGAAUUGAAGGAGGGCCAGUACUUCAUACUCUGUGAUGCUGGGGGCGGCACAGUGGACGUGGUUUCAUACCAGGUCAAGCGUUUGGAACCAGCGCUUGAGUUGGAGCCCAUUGGGAGUCCGACUGGUGACAAAUGCGGGUCGAUCUUCAUCAACAUGAAGUUCAAAAGAUGGCUUCGAGAAACACUCACGGAUGUUCACUACAAAGAGCUUGACCCCACUUUUGAUAUCGACAAGACUGCGACCCAUGCCUCAGAAACCCCAGCUAUGCGAUCACUCAUGAAAGACUUCGAUUUGAAGAAGAAACAUUUCACGGCCGGGUCGUCUGACUGCCAGCUAGAGCUUCCAUCUCCGUUGGAAAAUCUGAUCAUACAAGGUCGCGUGAAUCAGGGUCUUCUCACGAUCAAGAGGCAUGAGAUGGAGUCAUUCUUUGACGCAUCGAUUGAGCGAAUCGUCAUACUGAUCAAGAACCAUAUCAAGAGGAUUCGAGAGCAGCGCCAUAACCGUCCAAAGAAUUUGUUUCUGGUAGGAGGAUACGGCGAAUCGGAGUAUCUUCAAGCUCAGAUCCAGGAGAUGCUACUACACGAAAGACUGAUCAUGCAGUACUGGAGACCCCAAAAGUCUUGGACAGCAGUCGUUCGUGGUGCAGUGGUUUGUGGUAUCGAGAAGAACUUGACCAGAAGCCUAAAGCGGACGAGCUCUUGCCGAAACAGCUAUGCAAUAUGUUUGGAUGAAAGCUACACCUCAACCUAUCAUGGAAAUCAAGAAGAGGUCAUCGAACAUGGCGGAGGCAUUUUCGCUAAAGGACAACUCACGUGGCUGCUGAACAAAGGCGACCUGGUUAUGUUAGACGACUCAACGAAGCGGUCCAAAACGGUUCACAUCCGGCUCUCGAAACAGCGAAAGGACAUGAUGACUUUGAAGAUUUGGCGAUACAUAAGCGACGAGGAACACCGCCCCACACGUCUCGAAGACGCCACUGACGAACUGCAAAAUGCGGGAGAACUUGGCAUUGACCUGAGCGAAAUUGAAUUUGAACGUGUGCGCCAGAGGCUUGGGAAGCCCACAUACUUCCAGGCUGAUUUGGAGUUGGUACUGAACCUAGAGUGGGAUAAACUAUGGGCGACUUUGUGGUGGAAAGAAAAAGAACUAACAAGUAUACCAGUACUAUACUAG